AUGAUUGAUACGGAGGAGCAUUUGACGCAUAGCUUCAUCGGUCAUACCCAGCAGGCAUUGACAGAUUACACUCUCGAGUUCAUGUUCGACGAUCCUGACGAGCUCAAUGAAUCAGACAUAUCUCUACAUGGUCUGAACUCCAGCCAGAACCCUUGCGACGCUGAGGAAAGGUGCAUGAUUCGGCUCCAAGUUGAAAGCUUCUCAGAGAUAUCAGGAAGCGACUCUCUAGUCAGUGAAACCGAAAGUCCGUAUGCCCAAGCAGGAAUAACAGCUUGGCGGUGGGUUGAUGAACAGCCCAACAAAGAAUCGGCAUACCAAGAAUCCUCCGCGGCCACUACAUGCACUCUCCGAAACAAGCGAAAGAUGGCAGAGAAGAAGCAGCGCGUUCGCAGCUCCCAGAAGGAGCUUCUAAGGCAGCUCGACGCCUUCCUCCCUCCUCUCGACGCCGGGGAGGCCCGGCAACCGCGAGCGCUGACGCCGUCUGGGCGAUCGCUGUUCCAGAUCCUCGAGGGGGCCUCGAAGCUCGUCAGGUCCUACAUGUCGGGGGUGUCGUCGGACACGGUUCGGGAAGGGAUGCGGCGAGCGGGAUGCAUGCUCGUGGUGGAGGUCGAGACGGAGACAGGAGCGAUCCGGUGGAUGGGGCGAGGGAUGCGGGAGUACGUGGAGGCGGCGCCAUGGUACGGGGACCUCAAGGAGGAGGUGACGCUGGACCUCCUGGUACACCCGGC